AUGGCUUCACAGGACAAUUGGGGAUUCCAAAAUACUAGUAACGGUGCUGGAAAUGGAACAGGAUGGGGUGCUGGUGGUGCUUCACAGAACGGUGGUUCUGCAGCCCACAAUAAUACUACUGCGUCUGGAGGUGCUCACGAAGCAACUCAUCAGCGCCAGCCCAGAGUUGAUGUUGAAUACACAUGUGGUGAAUGCACGGCAUUGAACCAGAUCAAACCCAGAGAGCCUAUCCGAUGCAAAGACUGUGGAUAUCGCAUUAUGUACAAGAAGCGCACAAAAAGAAUGGUUCAAUUCGAGGCUAGAUAA